CUAUACGACAGCCACCUCCAUCGCGUUGCUGUCGCGCGCAAGAUCGCUGGCAUGGGGUUUGUACUUGAACCCGCUACAAAGCUUCGUGCAUGGCUCGAUUCAGACCGUGAUUCAGACAUCGAGUGCAACGCUAUGAAGGCUAGAGGUACUUUUUGCGGUGGCUGCGUUCGCACUUGGAAAUAGUUCGAUGUUUUGUACCACAAUAGUCCGAAAUUGUUCUAUAUAUGGGCUCAGUAUUGAACGAAGAACGCUGUAGCCCUUCGAAAAAAAAGAAAAACUGCGGUAUACGGCUGCUAAUGCUUUCUUUUAUAUCGAUUUGGUUUUCAUUGUUUUUUUUUCGUUCCUUUUUAAAUUUUAUUUAUUUGCAGCCCGUGGUGGCAGCCUCGCGUGCAUGCGCACGCGAAAUAACGCCGUUGGCGCACAGCAAUGCAUAGACGGAACGCGCGGAGUGAUGCAUAGUCUUACCGAACUUCUUGAGUAGCUUCCACAGCGUUGCAUCUGCAGUAGCGCGCCACGAUCGACGGCCGGCGCUACUAAAAGCUACCUAGAACCAAAGAACGUUCAGCUCCCAGCAUGCAACGCGCUGAACUGCCAGCGGGAAAGGAGAAAAGAGGAGUGAGCGGCUGCAGAGGAGGUCGGCUUGUGGACGCAAGGCGCUCUCUCUCUUUUUUUCUUUCCUCCAUGGUUUCUUCUCUGUUUUCUUUCGAUGUUCUGUUCGCGUCCCGCCGUUUAGCCAAUCACACGUGCUGCAAACCGCCGAAGUUGUUCACUGGCUUCGACCGUUGUGCGAGAUCUGAGAGGAAGGACCGCUUGCUUCAUGGUGCCGCGAGUGGAAACGCUGCCUGCCGGUACGUCAGCUCGGGAUGCAUUGGCGGGAACGCGCGGCGCGUACUACGAAAGUGCAGUGAAACUAGCGCACGGUCUUGGCUUUGUCGGCGCGGGUCGCGAAGACGUUCAAGAAGACAAGCACGUUGACUGGCAAGAGUGGAUCUCGAGCGUGACGGUGCGAUACCGUACAGAAGCUUUGUACGGACGUAGCCGGCCCACUCGGCACAAUGAGGGCUGUCGCGGGCGGCCUUGCUUUCCGCGGAGGAAAGAGUGCGCGGGUUUGGUGACGGAGUUUGUGGAUGAAGUUCCGCGCGCCCCAAAGAUGCGGACGAGGCAAAACGAGUGCUACGAGUAUCUAGACUUCGAAACAAACGUCGACGGCUGCCGUCGCAUCACCCGGUCACUCAGCGGACGUGUGCUCCGGCGAUCAACCCGAGAGAAAACCCUGAAGUCGAUGCACGCUUCCGAACACCCAGAGUCUGCAGCGUCGCGUCGCCACCCGGUUGGAUCUGCGGACUGGUUCAUUGCCCUGAAAAAGCUGCUAACCGAGAAGUCUUGCGUUCCGAAACGCCAAACGAAAUCGAACCUCGGUCACGAUGUUGUCGAGUCGCCCGGCAUCACGCAGGCAAUGCAGCGCGAGGUGGAGGCGGCCUUGGUGCCGACGCCGGCGGAUGAGGUGCUCGUGUCGGCCUUCCGAAUCCACAUCCGCAGGGCCGACAUGCGCACGCUCGCCGACGGCGAGUGGUUGAACGACGAAGUGAUCAACUUCUACAUGAAUCUCCUCGCGGAGCGCUCCAAGAAGGAAGGCUCUCCCCGCGUGUACGCGUUCAACACGUUCUUUUAUCCCAAGCUGAUCGCCAGCGGCUACGCCGGCGUCAAGCGAUGGACGCGCACUGUCGAUUUGUUCUCGUUCGACAUCGCGCUGGUGCCCCUGCACCUCGGCAACACGCACUGGUGUCUCGCUGCCGUGGACUUCCGCAAGCGCCACAUUGCCUACUACGACAGCCUCGGCCCGCCGUCCAGGAGUCCGCCCUGCUUGUCCGUGCUGCGGCAGUACCUGGAGUGCGAGAGUCGGCAGCGGCGCAACCACGGGCUCGUCGGGGACGACUGGACCCUGAAAGUGGUGGACGUGCCUCUGCAGCAAAACAGCAACGACUGCGGCAUGUUCGCCUGCCAGUACGCGGAGUGCGUCUCGCGGGACGCGCCCAUCUCGUUCGGGCAGCACAACAUGCCGUACUUUCGGAAACGCGUCGCCUACGAGAUUCUGCACAAGACCAUGCUCUCGGCGUGAGACAGGGCGGUGCGCAAGUACCAGCGAUGCAUAGACAGAGCCCGACAGACCAGCCACUGCCAGGACACGGUGGAGCUGAACGGCCACCUG